AUUGUAAAUAUGUUCGGUUAUCUUCGGAUAUCCAUUCGGGUUCGGGUAUUAUCCGUUCGGGUUCGGGUAUCCAAUCUCUCCUUAUUCAAUACCCGUUCGGGUAUUUUGCUACUUCGGUUCGGAUUUCGGUUCGGGUUUUUUGGAUCGGGUUCGGGUGCCACUUCGGAUUUCGGGUAAAGUGCCCACCCCUAUAAGGGAUUAACUUUAAAACCGGAUUGGUUUGACUCACCUCUUUACGUUUCAAAAUUGAGGUCGACUAUCAAAUAGAGAAAAGAAAAAGAAAAUAAAAGUUAUUAGCCGGUUCAAUCGUCCGGUAUUUUCCACAAACUUAGCAAAAACCUAAUUUCCGUUCACAGUAGAAGAAGAACACAAGCCUUACCGUUUCCUGUUCUGUCCCAAAUCGAAACUCGAACCAAACGAACUCUGUCAAAAGACUCAAAAAUAGGUGAAAAUUGUCUGAUCAAUGGCGCAAGGAGAACUCAAGAGCUCCGUGCUAAACAGGAAACGAAACCCUAAAUCACCCGUUGCUUCUCGCUCAAGCAAGAGGCAGAAGAUAGCAGAACAUAGAAAGUCUCUUCCUAUAGCUUCAGAGGAGGAACGUCUUAUUGAGGCGGUUCAAAAGAAUGAUAUUCUGAUUAUUGUUGGUGAAACCGGUAGUGGGAAGACUACUCAGCUGCCUCAGUUCCUGUUCAAUGCUGGUUUCUGUCGGGAAGGAAAGAUGGUAGGGAUAACACAGCCGAGGCGUAUCGCUGCCUUGACCAUUGCCAAAAGGGUAGCUGAGGAAUGUGAUGUUCGGUUAGGACAAAAGGUUGGCUACUCCGUUAGGUUUGACGAUACUACUUCUAGCUCCACGAGGUUAAAAUACAUGACUGAUGGUUUCUUGCUGAGAGAGGCGUUGGUGGAUCGGCUUCUUUCUAGAUAUUCAGUCAUUAUUAUCGAUGAAGCUCACGAGAGGACUGUUCAUACUGAUGUUCUCCUAGCCUUGCUUAAAAAGGUGCAACGGGAGAGAAGUGAGAUUGGUGGUGGUGUGUUGAGAGGGUGUCAAGGCAGAAAAGUAUCUCCGUUAAAGCUGAUAAUCAUGUCCGCGAGUUUGGACGCACGUGUUUUCUGUGACUACUACGGCGGUGCCAAAGAUUUUCGUGUGGAAGGGAGACAGUUUGAUGUGGACAUUUUUUACACUGUUCAUCCCGAGACUGAUUAUGUAGAUGCAGCUUUGAAUACUAUAUUUCAGAUACAUUCGGAGGAGGAAGAAGGUGAUAUACUUGUUUUCCUCACUGGACAAGAGGAGAUUGAAUCUGUUGAGAGACUAGUCCAAGAAAAACUUAAGCAUUUACCUGAAGACGAGAGGAAGCUGCUGCCACUUGCUAUCUUUUCUGCUCUUCCAUCAGAGCAGCAGAUGAGAGUUUUCGCCCCUGCGCCUAUUGGUUUCCGUAAGGUGGUUUUGGCCACAAAUAUAGCGGAGACAUCGAUUACAAUUCCUGGAAUAAGAUAUGUGGUAGACUCUGGGGUUGUUAAGGCACGAACCUAUGAUCCGAACAAAGGAAUGGAGACGCUUGAUGUUGUUCCAGUAUCAAAAGCACAGGCCAUUCAACGAAGUGGGCGCGCAGGACGUGACGGUUAUGGGAAAAGUUUCCAUCUUUAUCCUGAGAGGGAUUUUUGGAAACUGGAGGAUUCAACCAAACCAGAGAUCAAGAGAUGCAAUCUCUCUAAUGUCAUUUUGCAGCUCAAGGCUCUGGGGAUUGAUGAUAUUCUUGGAUUUGAUUUUAUUGAUAAACCUUCAAGGAGCGCCAUUGUAAAAGCAUUGGCGGAGUUGCACUUGCUUGGUGCCUUGACUGAUGAUUGCAAACUAGCAAAACCCGCUGGGGAACAAAUGGCACGGCUCCCACUAGAGCCUGUUUACUCCAGAGCUCUGAUUUUAGCCAAUCAGUUCAAUUGUCUUGAGGAAAUGUUAAUCAUUGUUGCAAUGCUUUCUGUGGAAUCCAUAUUUUAUGAUCCUCGUCAGAAGAGAGAAGAGGCAAGAACUUCAAGAAACCACUUUGUUAGCGUUGAAGGGGAUCAUCUAACUUAUCUCAGUGUCUAUCGAGAGUUGGAUGAGUUCUUGGAGGAGAGAAAGGCGGAAAAAAGUGAAGCGAAAGUUGAGAAAAUUAUGAGAAAGUGGUGUAAGGUCAACUUCGUGAAUAGUCGUUCCUUGAAACAUGCUCGUGACAUUUAUAGACAAAUUCGUGGAAACGUUGAACAGAUGGGUUUUAAUGUGUCUUCAUGCGGAAACGACAUGCUUGAGUACCGUAGAUGUAUUGCUGCGUCGUUUUUCCUUAAAGCAGCACAGAGACAGAUGGAUGGUACAUACAGGGCUUUGGAAAGUGGUGAGAUUGUGCACAUCCACCCAAGUUCUGUUUUAUUCCGUUCCAAACCUGAGUGUGUUAUCUUCGACGAGCUUAUGCAAACCAGCCAGAAGUACAUCAACAACCUGACAAGAAUUGAUCCUUUAUGGUUGGCUGAGUUGGCUCCUCAUCAUUACAAAACAGAAGAGUGACUUAACGCGAGUUAUUGUUGUUUUUGGUGGUAUACAACCUUCAAAACUCAAAAGGGCUAUAUAUUCUCUUUGUGCUUCAUCAAAGUGAAUGAUUGAAAAUUUACAGAACUGGAAACCCAUUUACUCUGUUUUGUGUAAAGCAAAAAGAGGACCACUAUGAAAACAAGGAAGCAAAGAGUACAUCUUGUUAUACU